AACGCAGGAAACCACGUGUUUGGAACGUCAUGUCCGGACAUACCCUCUCAGCAAUCCUCCUCACUUGUUUACAUUUUGCGGCGUCGUGUCGGGCGGUUAUGGCGGCAGCGAAGCGUGCGUGGUGCUCGGGCUCGAACGAUUUUAACGUCGUAGCGGCAGAUUCUGGCAGUGAACGUCCACCUUGCCUGCCUUCAGAUUCACGGAUGGCGGAGGCAGCAAAACGUCGUCGUCUUGCCGAAGUAUUUGACGAGCUAGACGAUGUCAGCAGCGAUAGCUGCUGGAGCUCUACGUCCGAGUCGAGUUCAAGCAGCAGCGACGAUGACGACGAAGUGUAUGCAGCAGCGUUUCAGCAGCUCUUUUCUCUGCCAGAGCGAAGGCCGAAAGUGGAAGCAUAUGUUACAAAGACGGUGGCUAGCUACUCCGACGAGGAGUUCAAAAGAAAUUUCCGCGUCACGCGGCCGGUCGUGGACUUCUUGGCAGCAGAAUUCGCCAAGUCACCGCACUGCCCUCAGAACAGUGAUCAUGGUGGCCUGCCUGCCAAGUCGGCUGAAGAACACAUUCUCUCCUUUCUUUGGUAUGCAGCCAACAAAGCAUGCAUUAGAGAUGUCGCUGGCCGCUUUGAAGUCGCAGAAAGCACUCACCACAGAAUGAUGGGCCGAGUAACUGCAUUCCUGCUCGACAUAGCACCGAAUGUAAUCAAGUUCCCCAGUGACCUGCAGAAGCUUGCUGUGGAUUUGAGAAGCUGUCGGGAUUCCCAGACACAAUUGGGUGUGUUGACGGAAGCUACAUGCCUAUCAGGUGCCCAGCCAGGAAAGUGCGAUCUGUUUAUAUAA